AUGUCGAAGACUGCUCAGAAACGCCUUUUCAAAGAGCUCACUCAAUUGAUCAAAGACAGUCCUCAGGGCAUUGUAGCAGGCCCUGUAACGGAAGAUAACUUGUUUGUUUGGGAUUGUCUGAUUAGUGGACCACCAGACUCUGCAUAUGAAGGAGGCGUUUUCAACGCACGUCUCGAGUUUCCCCGGGACUAUCCGUUGUCUCCACCCAAACUGCUGUUCACACCUAGCAUUUUACAUCCUAAUAUCUAUCCAAACGGCGAAGUAUGCAUUUCCAUUCUGCACUCACCGGGUGACGAUCCAAACAUGUAUGAACUGGCCGAAGAACGUUGGUCACCGGUCCAGAGCGUAGAAAAGAUCUUGCUGAGUGUCAUGAGCAUGCUUAGCGAACCCAAUAUCGAGUCUGGGGCCAACAUUGAUGCGUGCAUUCUAUGGAGGGACAACCGUGCAGAAUUCGACAAACAGGUGAAACGGUCGAUUUUGAAGUCGCUAGGGUUCUGA